AGUCAUAACUAUACCAAUUGAGGCAAAUUAAUCAAAUAGCGGCAAUGGGGGGCCUGUGCUUACAGCCUCUCGGACGAAUUGGGGCCUUAUAGUUAUGCUACUGUCUGUACUUAUUAAGUAAUACAAACCGAGAUCUGUAUCUGUAUGUUGUAUAAACAAAACACUUCAAGAUUGUUCGACAUUAGCUUAAUCACAUUUGCACUCCUUAUUUUUUUUCCGCUUAUCAGACUUAACAAUUUAUCUAAAGUCUGUUUGGAACACGUUAUCAGAUCCCAUGUCAGAUGCUUAGUGACUAUUGGCACCACACGUUGCGAUAUGUUGUGAGAUGGUUUACGAGUAAAAUGUGACAUAAUUUUUAGAUAUAUAUUGAAAAAAAAAACAUUGAGUGCGUUUACUUGAUAGUGAACGGAAAUCUAACAGUGUUGGCUGCAAGAGAAGGUUCAUUUAGUUGAUACACCAGUAUUUGAGGCAGUAUGACCCUUACAGGAUGGAGACUAAUAUUAAAUCGAGUAAUGAUUAUACCACAGCGCUAUGUGCUCGGAGUCAUGGGUCUAUUUGCUUUAGCGAACUCUUUCACAAUGCGGGUCUGUCUCAGCAUGACAAUCACACAGAUGGUAACGCACACGGCUUCCACUGAACACAUAAUUGGUGAGACCUGUCCGGACACAUCGAAUGUCACUCUGAUUCCUAAUGUAACUCUGAUGAUAUAUGAGGGUCGAGAAAAAUAUGACUGGAGCGAAGCGACUCAGGGAUUCUUACUUAGUUCCUUUUAUUAUGGAUACGUGCUGACUCACCUGCCCGGCGCUCUUCUGGCAGAGAAGUUUGGCGGGAAAUGGACUGUUGGACUCGGUCUGUUGACUACGUCGGUGGCCACCGUACUGACUCCGUGGGCUGUUUCUGUCGGAGGCGCUGUCGGGCUGUUUAUAAUUCGCGUUAUUGAGGGAAUGGGAGAGGGUCCAGUAACACCAGCCUUUGUACUGUUAUUAGCGCGAUGGGUACCCCCGUCGGAGCGAUCUCGAUUUGGCGCUAUGAUAUUCGGUGGCGCCCAAAUUGGUAACAUUUGUGGUCCCUACGUCUCAGGUCUACUGCUGGCUGAUAAUGGAGAUUGGGCCAACGUUUUCUAUGUGUUUGGAGGAUUGGGGAUAGUUUGGUUCAUAUUCUGGAGCCUCUUAUGCUACAGUACCCCAAACACCCAUCCGUACAUAUCGGACAAGGAGCGAGACUACUUGAAAGAUAGCGUCAUUGCUUCCGGUCUGCACAGGAAGCUGGACCCGGUGCCAUUUAAGGCUCUAUUGAGAUCGCCAACGCUUUGGGCACUCAUCGCUGCGGCUAUCGGGCACGAUUGGGGCUACUUCACAAUGAUCACCGACCUCCCCAAGUACUUCUCCGACGUGCUCCGCUUCAACAUCAAAGAGACCGGCCUCAUGUCCGCCUUGCCCUACAUGGCUAUGUAUGUGUCCUCAUUUCUGAUGGCUGGCCUGUGCGAUCUAUGCAUCAAGAAGAAAUGGCAUAGCAUCAGCACGGGCAGAAAGAUAUACACGACCCUAUCCUCUUCCGUGCCGGCAGUUUUUAUAAUGCUGGCCUCGUACUCGGGCUGCAACCGCGCGGAGGCCGUCGGCCUCUUCAUAGCGUCCAUGGUUUUCAUGGCAGGCUUCUACAGCAGCGUGAAGAUCAAUGCGAUGGACAUCGCGCCGAACUACGCAGGAACGUGCUCUGCAUUUGCUAAUGGGAUCGCGGCGAUUUCUGGCAUGAUUACGCCUUAUUUGAUCGGGUUGUUGACUCCUGAUCAAACAAUAGGACAGUGGCGCAUUGCAUUCUGGGCAGUAUGCGCGGUGCUAGUAGGCACUAAUAUAAUUUACCUGAUCUGGGGAAGCGGUGAUCCGCAGUGGUGGGAUGAUGUGGACAAGUACGGCUAUCCUCCAGGUUGGAAACAUGGGCUGCUGAAAAAACGAGCUCCGGACACUGAAAAGAAAAUAGUGUAUCCCAAACAUGAUCAUUCGCCCGUCUCGACUGACUGAAAAUAAAUUACAUAAGUGCAAACUUUUGUUUAGUCCUUUAUCCGUGACUAGCUAAUGUCUAUCAACAAAACUAAAAUAUGAUAUAAUCCGGCACUUUGUAUGUAAUAUAAUAUAAUAUACCAUACUCUUCAUUAAACAUGAAAACGAUUUGCUUACAUACAGUAUGUAUUUGAACGAAAAGCAAUUACUUAAACCCGUUAAAGUUUAGGUCAUACCGAGCUACUAUUUACGAAGGGACCAACCCUGAAAUCGCGAAA